AUGAAGCUGAUCCUGGUGCGCAAAUUCCGCGUCCUCAUCCUGCUGGUCUUCCUGGUGGCGUGCACUCUGCACAUCCUCGUCGAUCUCUUGCCCAAGCUGGAGAAGCGAGCCGCGGGGGCCGAGGCCGGGGCGGCGGCGGACGCUAGUCUGGGCUGCUCCUGCUCGCACACCGCCGCCGCCCAGCCGGGCCAAGAGCGUGGCGGCCGGCCCAAGGAGCCCGACGCCGGCGCCUCGGAGGCGGCCGCUGCAGCGGCCCCGGGCUGGCCUAGCAAGCACACGCUGCGCCUCUUGCAGGAUUUCAGCAGCGAGCCCAGCUCCAACCUCAGCUCGCGCUCCGGGGAGAAAAGGCCGGGCCACGCCGAGCAGAAGCAGCCGCCGCCGCAGCAGCAGCAACAGCAACCGCCGCCACCGUCGCCGCUUCGACCCCACUCGCCGCCGUUGCUGCCGGCUUUCCGCGAGGAGGCAGAGGAAGGGGCGGCGGGGCCCGCUGGCUCUCGCCUGGCCGCCCUCUUCGCCCACCCGCUCUACCAGCUGGCCGCCCCGCCGCUGGACGAGGCCGACCUGCUGUUCAACGUCAACAGCGACCUCCGAUUCAACCCCAAGGCGGCGGAGAAUCCCGAGUGGCAAAAUGAAGCUAAUGAAGACGAGGAUUUUCUGCCCACGGGCGAAACGUCCGUCGAUUCCUACCCGAACUGGCUCAAAUUCCACAUUGGUAUUAAUCGGUACGAGCUGUAUUCCAGGCACAACCCAGCGAUUGGCACUUUGCUGCACGAUUUGGCUGCCCAGAAAAUCACCAGUGUUGCCAUGAAGUCGGGAGGCACCCAGCUCAAACUCAUCAUGACAUUCCAGAAUUACGGACAGGCCUUGUUCAAGCCAAUGAAGCAAACGAGAGAGCAGGAAACCCCUCCUGACUUUUUUUACUUUUCCGACUAUGAGAGACACAAUGCUGAGAUUGCAGCAUUUCACCUGGACAGGAUCCUAGAUUUCCGUCGCGUCCCACCAGUUGCAGGCAGACUGGUUAAUAUGACCAGAGAAAUAAGAGACGUUACUCGCGACAAGAAACUCUGGAGGACAUUUUUUAUCUCGCCAGCCAACAACAUCUGCUUCUAUGGAGAGUGCUCCUACUACUGUUCGACAGAACACGCCCUUUGUGGCAAACCGGACCAGAUCGAAGGCUCCAUGGCCGCCUUCUUGCCUGACUUGUCUUUAGCCAAGCGGAAAACCUGGAGGAACCCAUGGCGACGCUCCUACCAUAAGCGCAAGAAAGCCGAGUGGGAAGUUGAUCCGGAUUAUUGCGAAGAGGUUAAGCAAACGCCACCUUACGACCGGGGUACCAGGAUCUUGGAUAUAAUGGACAUGACCGUAUUUGAUUUUCUGAUGGGUAAUAUGGAUCGACACCAUUACGAGACCUUUGAGAAGUUUGGAAAUAAUACUUUUAUUAUCCACUUAGACAAUGGAAGAGGGUUUGGGAAAUAUUCUCACGAUGAACUGUCUAUCUUGGUGCCUUUAAAUCAAUGUUGCCGAAUACGGAAGUCCACCUACCUGCGUUUACAGCUCCUGGCUAAGGAGGAGUACAAGCUGAGCCAUCUGAUGGAAGAGUCCUUGCUGGAGGAUAAAAUUGCCCCCAUCUUGUACAAACUGCACCUCGAAGCGAUGGACCGGAGGCUCCGGAUAGUCCUCCAGGCCGUCAGGGACUGUAUAGAAAAAGAGGGCUACAACAAGGUGGUGGACAAUGACUUUGCCUCCCCUAGGAGCACCGUCACGACCGAGAGGUAG